GCCGUGGGAGGUCGUAAACAUACACCUUCAGCGACCAGUCGCUUAGCUUUGUUUUAGUUUCAUUUUACAUAAGCUGUGAAUAAUCGUUGUAUUAAAGCGAGGAAGCUUUCUUAUGAUAAUAUCGAUCGAGUGAAGAAGCAUGAUGGAGAGAAUUGUUGAUCAUUAUCAUACGGCAAUGGAGCUAGGAGAUCCUCGGACGGCAAACUGGCCAUUUAUGUCGACGCCAUGGUCCACACUUCUUUUAGUUUUCUUGUAUGUCAUGAUAGUCAGCCUUGGUCCUCGAGUGAUGAAGAGCAGAGAAGCAUUCGAUUUGAAGGCGAUUCUUGUAAUUUAUAAUUUCGGCUUGGUUAUUUUAUCUACAUAUAUGUUAUAUGAGUACUUGGCUUCAGUGUCAUCCACACCUGGUUUCAAUUAUUGGUGCCAAGGCGUUGAUCCUGGGAAUCAUCCAAGUCUUUUAAGGCAUGCGAGUGUUACAUGGUUGUAUUUUAUUUCUAAAUUUAUAGAGUUCUUUGAUACAUUCUUUUUUAUUCUGCGCAAGAAAGACAAUCAAGUUAGUUUUUUGCACGUGUACCAUCAUAUAAGCGUCUGUUUGUUGUGGUGGACCGUAGUCAAGUGGAAUCCUGGUGGAACAACUUAUUUUGGAGCAUCUUUAAAUUGUUUUGUUCACAUCGUCAUGUAUUUCUACUAUAUGGUGUCAGCACUUGGACCUAAAUACAGGAAAUAUUUAUGGUGGAAGAAAUACUUGACUUCGUUACAAAUGAUUCAAUUUACCAUGCUUUUAGUGUAUAUCUUACACGCGAUAACCAUAAAAGAUUGUACAUUUCCACGUUGGGUGCUUGGAUUGUUUUUCUGCUAUGGUAUCUCUCUUCUGAUACUGUUUGCUAACUUCUUCGCUAAGUCAUAUAUAAAUCGAGUGACUGCAGAAAAAGGACAGAAGUCAAAUUAAAGAUCGUGAAACAGCAUUUCGAAAUUCAGAACGUAAUUUUGAAUAUUUCGUUAUGAUUCAAAGAUGUGGUGUAUCAAUCAUGCAAUCAACGCCUGUACGAAAAUGAUGGCGAAUGUACAUUUCAUCAGAACGCGUUAAAAAAAUGUCUGCAUGAACGGCUAAAAAAAUGUCUGCAUGAGAACGCCUGCGAUUUCACAAAACAUUGAGAGUUUUAGGCCGUGCGAGGGAAACAGUUACGCAUAUGUUUAUCAAUAAAAAUCACACAUAAAAUCACAACCUCGUAAUUUCCAGGGCUAAUUUUGGUGAUACAUUCGCACCAAAAAUUGCAAGGCCAAACGGGCCUAACGAUUCAGAAAGCAAUAUCCUCUUACAUAUCAGGGACGUAGCCAGACCUUAAAGAGGGGGGGGGGGGGGCCGUGAGGCUAGAGUUUCAACUUGUCUUUCAUGACAAUAACAGUCAACACUGAAUAUUAGCCUGGACUGAAUAAAACAAGCAUACUUGAAAGACUGAGUAGAUUUAAUUCUUCUUAAUUAAAUUAAUUCAUUUCGAAGUAAGUAUAUAAUAUUAGCAAUAAAUUUUUCAAAGAGAGGGAGCUGCGGCUCCCACGACUCUCUCCCUGGCUACGUUCCUGUUACAUAUAACUUCUGAUUGCAUGCAUUUUGGUAAAAUGUACAUUCCGCCAUGUUUUAAUUGUAUUGUUGUCACUGCCGUCUGUUCCGACGUGUCAAGAUGGCGUUGCGUUUCUGGAAUGGUAUCAUGAUAUAUGUAAUAGUGAAUAUCUGAUAUCUAAAAUUAACAUAUUGGACCUCUAUCUUUGUGAGCUGCAUAGCUAUAUGUCGAAUAUUUUGAUGUCGAAAUUAAUG